AACCACAGAUUAGAUCAAACUUCCAAGCUCGCACCUUUGGAUUUUUUCAGGCAUAUAUGGGUUCAUCUGAUAAGCCUGAAGUAGUUGAAAGGGGUGUUAAGGAUAAAGAGCACAGGGAGGAUGACAAAGAGGAUGGGAAGGGUGGGUUUAUAGAAAAGGUGAAGGAUUUCAUACAUGACAUUGGUGAGAAGAUUGAGGAAGCUAUUGGGUUUGGGAAGCCAACUGCAGAUGUCACUGGGAUCCAUAUCCCUUCUAUUAAUCUGAAGAAAGCAGAUAUUGUUGUUGAUGUUAUGAUAAAGAACCCAAAUCCUAUACCGAUUCCUCUGAUUGACAUAAACUACUUGAUUGAGAGUGAUGGAAGGAAACUGCUCUCGGGUUUGAUUCCAGAUGCUGGAACCAUUCAUGCUCAUGGGGAGGAGACUGUAAAGAUACCAGUUACUUUAAUAUAUGAUGACAUCAAGAACACAUAUGAUGAUAUUAAGCCUGGGAGCAUUAUUCCUUAUAGGAUCAAGGUUGAUCUCAUUGUUGACGUGCCUGUUUUUGGAAGGAUAACUUUACCUCUUCAAAAAACUGGAGAAAUCCCCAUUCCUUACAAGCCUGAUAUUGAUGUUGAGAAGAUACACUUUGAGAGAUUCUCUUGGGAAGAAACUGUUGCAGUUCUUCAUCUUAAAUUGGAAAAUAAGAAUGACUUUGAAUUGGGACUCAAUGGGCUAGACUAUGAGGUCUGGCUAUCUGAAGUAAGCAUUGGUGUUGCAGAACUUGAAAAAUCCACAAAAAUUGACAAAAACGGAAUCAGUCGUAUAGAGAUUCCUAUCACUUUCAGGCCUAAGGAUUUUGGCUCUGCACUUUGGGACAUGAUUAGGGGAAAAGGAACUGGUUACUCUAUGAAAGGCCAUAUACAUGUAGACACACCUUUUGGACCUAUGAAAUUACCUAUCAACAAGGAGGGUGGUAAAACCCGGCUCAAGAAGAACCAGGAAGAUGGUGGUGAUGACGAUGAUGAUGAGGAUUAAAGCAAGACUGGCGAGUGUGGCCUUAUGGAAUGGCUUCUGUUCCAUUAUUGAUAAAGAUUAGCAUAAAAAAAAGCCAAAAUUAUUGGUAGAGGUCUUUAAAAUAAUAGAGCAACAGACACUUGAACUCAUGGUACCCACAUUUGAUGGUGAUAUUCAGACACCUUUGAAGGAGUUGUGUUUUACAAACUGUAUUUUAUGCGUGUAUUGCAUAGGUUGUUAUGAUCAAUAUGUGAUGGUUGUUUAGUUUUGCAUUGCCAUUUUUCAGUCAAACCUUAUUGGUCAUUGUU